CCUGACUGUGGGGUUAAACUCCCGAGCAUAGACCCAAUUAGAGUUUCGGCGCGGUUUAUGGAACGGGAUCAACCCUCAGAAACCACAAAGCAGUCAUUAGCGAACGAUCGCAUUUCAGGGCCAGGUGAAAAGUGAAGUCAGUUUUUUUUAGCCGGCGGCCGGCGCUUUAGAUACCGGAAGCGCGUCAUUGGCCUGGGGCCCGCUCAGUCUGUGUCCCAAAAUGGCGCCUCUGGACCUGGAUAAGUAUGUGGAGAUAGCUCGGCAGUGUAAAUAUCUCCCGGAAAAUGACCUAAAGCGACUCUGCGACUAUGUUUGCGACUUACUUUUGGAAGAAUCUAAUGUUCAGCCAGUGUCCACACCAGUUACUGUUUGUGGGGACAUACAUGGACAGUUUUAUGACUUGGGUGAGCUGUUUCGAACUGGAGGUCCAGUUCCUGAUACAAAUUAUAUUUUUAUGGGUGACUUUGUGGAUAGAGGAUAUUACAGCCUUGAAACUUUCACCUACCUCCUCGCAUUAAAGGCGAAAUGGCCUGAUCGCAUUACACUCCUCAGAGGAAAUCAUGAAAGCAGACAAAUCACUCAAGUGUAUGGGUUCUAUGAUGAAUGCCAAACAAAGUAUGGAAAUGCAAAUGCUUGGCGGUAUUGUACCAAAGUCUUCGACAUGCUCACAGUAGCAGCUUUGAUAGAUGAACAGAUCUUGUGUGUGCAUGGCGGACUUUCUCCUGAUAUCAAAACUCUAGAUCAAAUCCGAACCAUCGAGCGUAACCAGGAGAUCCCACACAAAGGAGCAUUCUGUGAUCUAGUAUGGUCAGAUCCUGAGGAUGUAGAUACGUGGGCAAUCAGUCCUCGAGGAGCAGGCUGGCUCUUUGGAGCAAAGGUUACAAAUGAGUUUGUUCACAUCAACAACCUGAAACUAAUCUGCCGAGCACAUCAGUUAGUUCAUGAAGGAUAUAAAUUCAUGUUUGAUGAAAAAUUGGUGACUGUGUGGUCUGCUCCUAACUAUUGUUACCGUUGUGGAAAUAUUGCAUCAAUCAUGGUCUUCAAUAAUGUAAACUCGAGGGAGCCAAAGUUAUUUCGUGCAGUUCCAGAUUCAGAACGUGUAAUUCCACCAAGAACAACAACACCCUAUUUUCUUUAAAAUAUAUUUUGUUCUUGGUAAAAUAAAUUCUUAAAAUAUAGUGUGCACAAUGGACUGUAAACAUGCAUUGUGUUGCGUAGACAAGAUUCAAGAUGUAGAAUUUCAACCAUUCUAUCAAAUAUUUUAAAUGCUAAAUUGAAUAAAGUGGUCUAAAGGGCUGCCUUUUUCUUUGUUUUUAAUGCUAGCAGAUAUUGAGAAGCUGAUUUAUGUGCUCCAGUAAUUAAAACUUUGUACAUUAAAAUAAUUGUAUUGAUCAGUUUUCAAAUUUCAUUGUAUUUUAAUAUAGUAAUAUGGUGACUACAACUCUCAUAGGUUAAACUAUUGGAAAUAAACUGCUUUAUUAUUAA